UGGUGAUCCUGGAGUCACUCUGUCUGUCACAGCUCUGCAGGUGAUGGUGACUCCAACACGGUGGGCAACGUCAAAGACACUGACCUGUAUCACCACCUGUACUCUGACUGGUAACCCCACCUACAUCUGGUACAAGAAUGGACAACAUCUAGAUGAGAGCACCUCCCCCCAGUACAAAGACCUUGUCUCCAGUAACUAUGACGACAGUUACUCCUGUGCUGUAAAAGGCCAUGAGGAUCUCCACUCUCCUGCAGUGUGUGUUCAGGAUCAGGACUGCAGCAGAGUAACUUACACCAAGAGGAGAAUCUGUGUCUUGAAGGGGUCAACAGUGGACAUAUCCUGUACUUAUGUUGGUUAUUAUUCCACCACAUCAACAUUCUGGUUUAGAAGUGAUAAGUCGACCCCUGAAGACCUAACCAGAGACCCAGGGUAUACAGGUCGUGUGAAGUACACUGGAACAUACAGAGGUCCCUUCAUCCUGAGAAUCACAGAUCUGAGAGAGGAGGACUCAGCUGAGUAUCGCUUCACUUUUAAAACAGACAACUUUGAAUGGGGUCAUAGUUUCCCAGGAACAACUCUGUCUGUCACAGGUCUGCAGGUGAAGGUGACUCCUGCUGCAGAGGGACAGAAGACACUGACCUGUAUCACCACCUGUACUCUGACUGACAACCCCACCUACAUCUUUUACAGGAAUGGACAGAAUGUACAAGAUACCUCCUCUCCCAUGUACUCCAUCAGCAGUGAGGAUGCAGACAGUUACUCCUGUGCUGUAAAAGGCCGUGAGGGUCUCAGAUCGUCUGCAGUGUAUAAACCAAAGAAGACCUCAGUGUCAGUCAGUCCCUCUGGUGAAAUAGUGGAGGGCAGUUCAGUGACUCUGACCUGCAGCAGUGAUGCCAACCCACCUGUGGACAAAUACACCUGGUACAAGAAGAAUGGAGCUUCACUGACAGGAUCUGAAAAGACAUACAAUUUCACCACCAUCAGCUCUGAGGACAGUGGAGAAUACUACUGUGAGGCUGAGAAUAAAUGUGGACGUCUCAACUCUUCUUCUGUGUCUGUAGACGUUCAGUAUGACCCAAAGAACACCUCAGUGUCAGUCAGUCCCUCUGGUGAAAUAGUGGAGGGCAGUUCAGUGACUCUGACCUGCAGCAGUGAUGCCAACCCACCUGUGGACAAAUACACCUGGUACUUUCAAAAUGAGACUUUUCUAAAUGGAUUUGGACAGAUGUACAACAUAAGUAAGUUCAAGUCUAAGGACAAUGGACAUUACCACUGUGAGGCCUGGAAUGGAAGAGGAUCUAGGAACUCUACAGCUCUGAUGAUCAUUUUAUCAGAUCAGAGUUAA